CUGCUUUUCUCCACUUUCACCGCCGCGUCAAUCUCAGAACAAAAAGGCAGCUAGGCUUUGCCAUGCAGCCUGCGGUCCGCUUUACAAUGGAUCUUCUCUCCUCUCUUCUGUUCUGCCCCUCCUUUUUCUCUCUCUCCACCGGAUUUCUUGCAGAGCCCUACUUUUCACGCUUUCACCUAUUGCCCGAUAUAGCUCGUAAAAGGAAAGCCUGCUCCGUGCCUUACCAUACCCAUGGGCAACCAAAGUCUGGGGCUACACAAGUUUGGUCUGCUGCGUGUCAUUGGCCGCGGGUCGUUUGGCAAGGUCAGAAUCACCUUUGCCCUAAAGUACAUCAGCAAGGCGGAGUGCAUCAAAAUGAAGGCGCAGCAGAACAUCUUGCGCGAACGAGAUAUUCUAGAGGAAAUCGACCACCCGUUCGUGGACGACGCCGACAUGUUUAUGGUCAUGGACCUGAUGAUGGGCGGCGAUUUGCGGUUCCACAUGCAGCGCCGGCGGUUCGUGGAGAGCGUCAUUCGCUUCUGGGUUGCUGAGGUCGCCUGUGCGCUAGACUACCUGCACACGAACCAUUCGGUUGUCCACCGCGACAUCAAGCCAGACAACAUUCUGAUGGACGACAAGGGCCAUGUCGCGCUAACCGACUUCAACAUUGCCGCACGGAUCCGCGACGGCAAACCGCACUACUCGGUUGCAGGGACGGCAAACUACAUGGCGCCCGAGCUGAUCAGCGGGAAGGGGUAUACGUUUUCGAUUGACUGGUGGUCGCUGGGUGUCGUCAUGUACGAGUGCAUCUACGGAAAACGACCGUUCCGCCAGGGCAACAACAUCGACAAGCUUAAGCGGGCCAUUGUCGAGGAUGAGAUCCAGUUCCCCAUGAUUGCCGAUGUGCAGGUCAGCUACGACUGCAUCUCGGCCAUGCGCGAGCUGCUGCAAAAGGACCCGUCAAAACGCCUGGGCGCCAACGGCUACGAGAACUUUAAACGCCAUCCGUUUUUUGCUGCACUCGACUGGGACCGGCUCGAAUCCAGGCAGCUGCCACCGCUGUUUGUGCCUGACGCAAACCAGCCCAACUUUGACAUUGCGUACGACUUGGAGGAGAUGCUGCUUGAGCAUGAGCCGCUCGAGCUCAAGGCCAAAAAGCCGCGCAAGCUGCGGCUCGGAUCUGAGGCCGAAACGCCUGAGCAACAGCUGAUUUCACGUGGAUUUUCCGCCUUUGACUAUAUCGAGUAUGAGCGCUUCAAGCGCUACAUUGAUGCAAACGGACUGAUCGACUCGGCGGCUGUUGAGACUGCGCGCCUGUCGCGGCCCACCAGCGACAGCAGCAUAGAAAGCAUUUCUGUUCCCCUGUCUCACCUCAAGCUCGAUGGCCGCCCCAUUAUUAACUUUGCGCUGCAGGGAGACGAGCCUGCUUCUCCCAGCCCGCCGCGCUCAGCUAGCAGCAGGAAAAGUGUAAACGUUGCCCGAACCAGCGGCCAGCGCCGGCCAACAAUGUCCUCCAGCCAGUUCCAGCCUGUAUCUCCUGUUGAGGCAUAUGAAAACCGGCGACCCCCGGUGUCGGACUCGGCACAGCUGGCUGCAUUGGCAAUUGGCGGCGGCCUGUUCACAAACAGAACCAGCGAAAAAUACCGCCAGCGGACAGCAUCGCAGCGUCGGUUGACAGAGACCGCGACCUCGCACAGCUCUGUCAGCAACAACAGCCAGCCCCCCAUAUCACUAGCGACACCCGCCUACCUAGCCUUGCCCGGGACGCUGGAGCCACCAAAGAUUGUGCCCAUCGACAUCCUGACAUGGAAUCAGAUGCUACCAGAUCAGCGCUCAUUGGCAUAUCGUUUCUCGGUUAAGAUGGCACACGAUCGGCAGCGCGAUUUGAAGUGGCAGCAGCACCGCGAACACCAGCAGAAGCAGCGUCUGGAAAAUGCAGAGGACUCAUUCCGUAACGAGCACUCCAGGUAUUCGGCGCGCCAUGGAUCUGGCAUGCAUCGUAAAGCACUGUCCAAUGUUGGACAUCGCGACCAGCAUGGUCCAGCUACGCCCCCGCCUCUUCCAGCUACACCUAUCCCCCCUCCCCUUUACGACUAGACUUGAUUAUCCUGUUAAC